AUGGAACCCAUCGCUGCCAUGUACACCAAUGUGAGAAGAAACGGGCCUGCCUUUAAGGUUGAUUGUAAUUUUCCCGAUAGUCUGUUUCAGCUUGGCUUUGGCGAUUUGAUCUUAAACAUUCCGUUAAAGGACUUCCUCAUGCCUCACGAUGCAAACGCCAAAACUUGCGAAAUAGGGGCGAUUGUGGCCGAGAAAGCGGGCAACAGUACCCUUAUUGGCGGUGCCAUCCUCAACCAUGUGAUCUCCAUCUUCGACCACGAUAACAAGUUGGUGAAUGUGGCCAACUCUCGCUAA